UGCAACACUUGUCCAUUAAUCACUUCACAUUUCAAUUCUUAAUACUUCCUUCCUUCCUUCCUUUCAUUCAUUCCUUUCAUUCAUUCCUUUCAUUCAUUCCUUUCAUUCGUUCCAUUCACCUCAUUUCCUCUCCUUUACUUUGUGAUUCAAUUCAGCAUGACUCAGAAACAAGUAGAACACAAGAAGAUCAGAGUUGGAGUGUUAGCUCUCCAGGGUGCAUUCGCCGAGCAUAUAAUUCUCCUUAACACCCUUCCACAAGUCUCCGAAGCCGUUGCAGUACGGAACGCACAAGAGAUCAAUCAGGUGGAUGCCCUUGUUAUCCCAGGAGGUGAAUCUACAACGAUGGCCCUGAUUGCUGAGCGCUCUGGAUUCUGGCCCGCUCUUCAGGAGUAUGUGAGAAGCCGUCCUACAUGGGGUACCUGUGCUGGUAUGAUCCUCCUGUCUGAAUGUGUCACAUCUGGAGGAACUCUUAAGGGUGAUCAAAAGCUACUUGGAGGCCUUGGUAUUAGUAUCAAGCGCAAUGCCUUUGGGACGCAGAAGGAAAGUUUUGAGGCUGGACUUCAUGUUGAAGGUUUAGAGAAUGCAGAGAAAUUGUUUCCUGGUGUGUUUAUUCGAGCACCAGUGAUUGAUGAAAUUUUAGAGAAGGCAGAUGUCCAGAUCGUGGCAACGUUGCAGAGGGACUAUGGCAAGACGCCCAAGGGAACCAUUGUUGCUGUCAAGAGAGGACAUCUCCUUGGGACCGCUUUCCAUCCAGAAUUGACACACGAUAGUCGGAUGCAUCAAUUCUUUGUUCAGAUGGCGCAAGAAUGGAUUGCUUCGCAUUAAUAUCACCUUUCAAUUAAACAAUUAAAGCCAGCAAUAUAGAG